AUGUCUCAGGCUUUGUCCCAGUGCCAGCACUCCGAGCAGCAGUUACCUGCUUACCUGCAUGACGGACAAAUCAUUAUCGGCGGACUUAUUCCUGUACAUGAAAAGACCGUCAAACAAACGCUGAAAUAUAAGACGAAGCCGCCACUCAGAACCUGCGAAAAGUUUUACACCGAGAAAUAUCAGUACGUUCUUGCAAUGUUAUUUGCCAUCAACGAGAUCAACGCCAACCCAACACUGAUGCCGAACCUCACUUUGGGAUACGAGGUUUAUGACUCCUGCUACUCGGAUGCCGCGGCUGUGGACAGCGUCAUGUCUUACCUGUCCAGAAAACAAUCCAAAGUGCCAAAUUACAGCUGUGCGUCAGCGCCUCCAAAACUGUCCGCGGUGGUGGGGGACUCUCCGUCCUCCGGCUCCAUUGCUGUCGCUCGCAUACUUGGGCUCAUAAAGUUUCCACAGAUCAGCUACGCCUCAGCCCUUCCAACACUGGCCGACAAAAUCCAAUUCCCUUCUUUUGUACGGACUGUCGGUACUGUAGACUCGCAGCCUGUCGCGGUGGUGGAGAUGAUCAAGCAUUUCAACUGGUCUUGGGUUGGCAUAGUGUCCUCCAAUAAUGACUACGGAGACCAAGGGAGCCAGAAACUGAGGACUGAAAUGGCCAAGAAUGGCAUCUGCGUUGCCUUUGCCAAAACCUUAUCGACUCCGCCAACAAAAGGAAGCCUGGACAGCCUCAUCAGCGCCAUACACAAAACAAAGACCAACGUCAUCGUCCUCUACGCUUACGCCACAGAGCUGAUCGCUUUCUUUCAGGCCGUCAUUGACAGCAAAAUAGCUGGAAAAAUCUGGAUUGCCGUCGGCAGUUGGCUGCCCUCGGCCGUCUUUACGCAAAAGGAACUGUGGGCGACGCUGAACGGCACCAUCGGCCUUGCCAAGUACAGCGCUAAUAUUCCCGGUUUUGGAGACUUUCUGUACAGUAUAAAUCCUGCCAAAUAUCCAAACGAUAUAUUUAUUAGGGAAUUCUGGGAGCAGGCCUUUAGAUGUAAGUGGAGGGAAAAUUCCUCGACUUACGGAGUCAAUACAACCUUCUGCACCGGCAAGGAGGACUUGACGAGACUGGACAGCUCUGUGUAUGACACAGCCAACUUUCGUCUGGCCGUGUCCGUUUACACUGCUGUGUAUGCCGUGGCCCAUGCCAUACAUGAUAUGAUGUCAUGCCAGUCUGGAAGGGGACCAUUUUGGAAUGGAUCUUGUGCCAACUUCAAGAACUUCCAACCGUGGCAGCUUUUCUACUACAUUAAGUACGUGCAGUUCAUAAACAGCAAUGGAGAGAGGGUGGCUUUCGAUGAGAAAGGAGAACUGAAGGGGCUUUACGAUGUUCUGAACUGGCAUAUGUCUCACGACCUGAAAGGAGGUCUGGUCAAGGUUGGAAUCUUCGAUGACUGGGGCCCCAAGGGGCAGAAGCUGGUUCUAGAUGAGAAAGCCAUCAUAUGGGGAGAGAAAUACACACAGGUGCCGCCCUCAGUGUGCUGCGGCAGCUGCCUCCCUGGUUUCCGGAAAGCACCCCGGGAGGGCGAGCCUUUCUGCUGCUAUGAUUGUAUCCCAUGCUCAGAUGGAGAGAUAUCCAAUGAGACCGAUGCAACAGAUUGUAUGCAGUGCCCAGACGAUCAGUGGUCCAAUGAGAAGCGUGUGAAAUGUAUCCCCAAGGUGAUUGAGUUCCUCUCAUACAAGGAGCCUCUGGGCCUUGCCCUCUCCGGUGUCGCCAGCAUCUGCUCCUUGCUUACUCUUUCGGUCCUCUUCAUCUUUAUUCGCUUCCGUGACACUCCCCUGGUGAAAGCCAACAACCGCAGCCUGAGCUACCUUCUCCUAGUGGCUCUCCUCUUCUGCUUCCUUUGUUCCUUCUUGUUCAUCGGUCGCCCUGCCACCAUCACCUGUCUAAUCCGGCAAGCUAUAUUUGGGAUCACGUUCUCUCUCUGCGUGUCUUGCAUCUUUGCCAAAACAAUUACGGUAGUGAUUGCUUUCAAUGCCACCAAGCCGAAUAGCAAUCUUCGGAAAUGGGUUGGCUCUUCCAUCCCCAACUCCAUGAUCGGUGCUGGAUCGAGUAUCCAAACUGUCAUUUGUGCUUCAUGGGUGAUCGCAUACCCAUCAUCUCCCGAUCUGAACACAAAGGCUACAAAAGGUGUCAUAACAGUGGAGUGCAAGGACGUCUCCAUGACCUUCUUCUACAUCAUGCUGGGAUUCUUGGGGUUUUUGGCAAUCUUGACUCUUUUGGUUGCUUUCUUGGCUAGAAACCUCCCCGAUGGCUUUAACGAGACCAAGUUUAUCACCUUCAGCAUGUUGGUCUUCACAAGCGUUUGGAUCUCCUUCAUCCCGGCCUAUGUGAGCACCAGGGGCAAAUACAUGGUGGCUGUAGAGAUUUUUGCCAUUCUCUCAUCCAGCCUUGGCCUAAUUUGCUGCAUUUUUGCUCCUAAGUGUCAUAUUAUCAUUCUGAGACCUCAUAUGAACACCCGAGAAUUUUUAGUUUCAAAGAAUCAGGUUGGCAGAAAAAAUUGA